GAAGGAUGUAGGCUGACCAGUUCAAUUUGAAUUUCAGAUAAGCAGUAAAUAAUUCUUAAGUGUAUCCCAAAUACUGUAUGGGACAUAUAUACAUUAAAAUUACUUAUCUGCAAUUCUAAGUGAACUGAACUUUAUGUAUUUUGUUCGGCAGUCAGGGUUGAGCAUCCUUCUGCCCUGGGCUCUGGGAUCUAGUAGUAGAGCUGGACUCCUCUAGACCUUUGUCAGAGAAGUAGGUAUAGAGUUCACCCAGGCUGUAAAAAUCAGAUGUUCUAGGUACGAGAAUCCUUUUAGUUCUGAACUUAAUGGGUGAGCUCCAUGGAUCCCCCUGGCGAAAGCUGGGCACGUUUUCAGUCUUCAUGGCAGUGCCCUCUGUGUUCCCAGUCACAACAGGAGUCAGGCUGGGCUAUUAUUUUAUAGGAAAUCUGAGAACCAGGCCAGCUAAAUGGCCAGGUUUUGGAAGUUGUGGUGUUAUAUGAGUGAGGGAUAAAGUAGUGUUCGGGGUUCUCUUGUUACAGCGGACAGCAUCAGAAAGCCUGAGAGUGUCAAAGGUCAGAGCUUUAGUCUAUUUUUCUUUUUGGUAGUAAUUGGGAUUGAACUCUGGGACCUUUGCAUUGAGCCACAUUCCUAGACCUUUUUUAUGUUUUAUUUUGAGCCCAUCUCGCUGAGCUCAGGCUAGGCUCAAACUGGUGAUCCUCCUGCCUAAGCCUCCCAGAGUGCUGGGAUUACAGGCAUCCACCAAACCUGGCUUUUUUUGUGAACACUGCAGAGUCAAACCCAGGGUUUAAGCAUGCUAAGCAGUCAUGGGUACAAGGUGAUGCUGAGAGCAGAGGGGCAUGGCUGCAGCCCUGCAGGUUCUGCCCUGUCUGGUCCGAGCCCCUUCACGUCUCCUCUUCUGGGGCCCCCCAGUGGCCCGGCUGGUCAGCGGCAUGGCCUUGUCAGAGCAGGCGCGACAGCUGUUUGAGAGUGCUGUGGGUGCUGUGCAGCCGGGGCCCAUGCUGCAAAGGGCACUGUCCUUGGAUCCAGAUGGCAGACAGCUGAAGGUGCGGGACCGGAGCUUCCAGCUGCAGCAAAACCUGUACCUCGUUGGCUUUGGCAAGGCUGUACUCGGCAUGGCAGCUGCAGUGGAGGAGCUACUGGGCCAGCAUCUUGUGCAGGGUGUGAUCAGUGUUCCCAAAGGGAUCCGUGCUGCCAUGGAACAUGCUGGCAAGCAGGAGAUAUUGCUGAAGCCACACAGCCGUAUCCAGGUAUUUGAGGGUGCGGAGGACAACUUACCAGAUCGUGAUGCACUUCGGGCUGCACUGGCCAUCCGGGAUCUGGCAGAGAGACUCACAGCUGAUGACCUACUGCUUGUGCUUAUCUCAGGUGGGGGCUCGGCCCUGCUGCCUGCCCCCAUCCCACCUGUCACCUUGGAGGAGAAACAGAUGCUCACCAAGCUGCUGGCGGCCCGUGGAGCCACCAUCCAGGAGCUGAACACCAUCCGAAAGGCCCUGUCCCAGCUCAAGGGUGGAGGGCUGGCUCAGGCUGCCUACCCUGCCCAGGUGGUGAGCCUGAUCCUGUCAGAUGUGGUGGGAGACCCUGUGGAGGUGAUUGCCAGCGGCCCCACUGUGGCUAGCACUCACAACGUGCAAGAUUGUCUGUACAUCCUCAAUCGCUAUGGACUUCGCGGUGCCCUGCCACGUUCUGUGAAGACCGUGCUUGCUCAGGCCGACUCUGACCCCCAUGGGCCACACACCUGUGGUCAUGUCCUCAAUGUGAUCAUUGGCUCUAAUGUGUUGGCACUGGCUGAGGCUCAGAGGCAGGCCCAGCUGCUGGGCUACCGGGCUGUGGUGCUGAGUGCAGCCAUACAGGGUGAUGUGAAAAGUGUGGCUCAGUUCUAUGGGCUGCUAGCCCAUGUGGCUGGAGCGCAUCUCAUCCCAUCCACAGCUAUGGCCUCAGUGGACGAGACUGUAAAACUCCGUGAGCUUGCAGCUAAGCUCCAGCUCUCAGACCUGCAGCUGGAGGAGGUGCUGGAGGUUGUAGUGGAGGCUAAGGGCCCUGUCUGCCUGCUGGCUGGUGGGGAGCCCACAGUACAGCUGCAGGGCUCCGGCAAGGGUGGCCGGAACCAGGAACUGGCCCUGCGUGUUGGAGCAGAGCUUGCAAGAUGGUCUCUGGGGCCUGUUGAUGUACUGUUUUUGAGUGGUGGCACUGAUGGGCAGGAUGGGCCCACUGAGGCUGCUGGGGCCUGGGUCAUGCCUGAGCUUAAGAGCCAGGCAGCUGCUGAGGGGCUGGAUGUGACCACUUUCCUAGCCCACAAUGACACACAUACCUUCUUCUGCCGCCUUCAGGGUGGAAAACACCUGUUAUACACAGGGCUGACAGGUACCAACGUCAUGGAUGCCCACCUUCUGUUGCUGCGGCCUCAGUGAUGGCAUAGGUUCAGAAAAGAGCAGAGUCUACAAGAGCAGAGUCUUAGGGAAGACCAGAAUGGGUCUCUAGGGCCUUGUUGUGCUUUAGGGCUCCUCCCCUCCUCAGCCCUAGCUGCUUGGUUGGCUCUCCCACCUCUCUGAGGUUUGUAGAUGGGAGCUCCCCUCCACCCCUGCUUUCUGUCAUGGCAGCAGGCAGUCCUGAAGACUGGCCUUUUGGCCAGUUAACUGUCCUAGUUCUCCCCUGGUCAGUCUCGGAGCAUCUCUUAAGCCUGUUUCUUCUGUGGAGUGAAGCUAGAAAGACUGGAAAUAAAAAGGACCACACUGUGUGUUUUAUGUUUA